AAUCAAAAAAAACAAAAAACAAAUGGCUGAAUAAUAAAAACAACCUGAAUUCCAAUUAGUCAAAAGAGGUAUCCUUUAAGGUCACUCCGACUGGGUAACAUCCAUAGUUUCCGGUUUUUCUUAAAAAGAAAAUGAAGACUCCAGUGUAUUAAUAUCCGGAUCAAGAGAUAAAACUGUAAUGAUAUGGAAAUUAUUCGAAAAUGAAUAAGAUGGAUUAUUUGGUGUUCCCCACAAAUCCUUAACUGGUCAUAACCAUUUUGUCAGUGACUUAGCUUUAUCUUAAGAAAACUGUUUCGCCUUAUCCGCUUCUUGGGACAAGACUUUAAGAUUAUGGGACUUAAGAACAGGUAAGACCUACAAUAGAUUCGUCGGACAUACAUCUGAAGUAUUCUCCGUAUCCUUUUCUCCUGAUAACAGAUAAAUUUUAUCUGCAGGUGCCGACAGAGAAAUUAAAUUAUGGAACAUUAGAGCCGAAUGUAAAUUUACUUCUGAUAAAGACAACCACAAUGACUGGGUUUCUUGCGUAAGAUAUUCCCCUAUUAUCAAAUCCACUAACAAAGUCUAAACUUUCGCCCCUUAUUUUGCCUCAGUAGGUUGGGAUGGUAGACUAAAAAUUUGGAACACCAAUUUCUAAAUCAGAUACAGUUUUAAGGCCCACGAAUCUAAUGUCAACUCUUUAAGUGUUUCCCCUAAUGGAAAAUAUAUUGCUACAGGUGGUAAAGAUUAAAAAGUAUAUGUCUGGGACUUAUAAAACUUAUAAUAUCCUUCAGUUGAAUUUGAUGCUGGCGCUAAUAUUAACUAAAUUGCUUUCAAUCCUAAAUUAUAUUGGGCUGCUGUUGGUACUAAUAAAGGAGUUAAUAUUUAUGAUCUUAUGAAAAGAAAACUUGUUUAUACUAUUGAAGCUGAACCUAUUGCUAAAGUUGAAGGAAAAAAAAGCAAAAUCCCAUCUUGUGUAUCUUUGGCUUGGAAUGCUUUAGGAAAGACACUUUUUGCUGGUUUUUCAGAUGGUGUUAUUAGAGUUUUCACUUUUGAUUAAAUUUCUAAUUGAGUUUGGUGUUUUUUGAAGAAAAAAAAUUAAGAUAAAAGAAAAAUUAAAAUUAUUUUUAAAUGUUUUUAAAAGUGUUUGGCUAAUGCUUAUUUAGUCUAUAGUUCGGCGUUAGCGACUGCCCUUUAAUUUUUUAUUAUUAUUAUAAAGGGAGGAAGGCAACACUCAUUUAAUUAUUAUUUUUUCUUUUCUUUUAUUUUAUAUUUAUGUUUUUUUUUUUAUUAUUAAAAAAAAAAAAUGUAUUUGAAAGCCUUAUUUAAACAUUUCUAAUU